AUGUUGUCAAGAGUAGCGCGUGGUUUCCUUCAGUUCUCGCCAUGCAGAAUACCUAUAGUUCGAAACAGUUCUUCCUUCAACUUUCUUGACGCGUUUGACUUCAAUUCACAGCUGUCAGAUGAGGAAAGAGAUCUCAUGUUUUCAACUCAUGAAUAUUGUCAAGAAAAGCUUCAACCAAGGAUAAUUUCUGCCUAUCGCGAAGAGAAGUUUGAUCCCACGUUAAUUCCUGAAAUGGGCAAAAUGGGCCUUCUCGGAGCACCUUACCAGGGUUACGGGUGCGCCGGGACCACAACAGUCGGCUAUGGGCUAAUAGCACGCGAGAUUGAACGAGUAGAUUCAGGAUAUCGAUCAACAAUGAGCGUUCAGACCAGCCUCGUCAUUGGACCAAUCUAUAAUUACGGAACUGAAGAACAGAAGCAGAAAUACAUACCAGGCUUGGCUAGCGGCGAGCUUGUGGGUUGUUUCGGAUUGACCGAGCCAAAUCACGGUUCUGAUCCAGCCGGCAUGGAAACUAGAGCGAGGUGGGACGAAAAAACCAAGACAUAUCGUCUUUCUGGCACGAAAACCUGGAUCAGUAAUAGCCCUGUGGCAGAUGUAUUCAUAGUGUGGGCCAGAAGUGAUAAGCAUAACAAUGAUGUCAAGGGUUUCAUCCUUGAGAAAGGAAUGGAUGGGCUCACAGCACCAAAAAUUGAGGGGAAGCUCUCGUUACGUGCUUCCGUCACUGGACAAAUCGCAAUGGAUGAGGUUCCAGUUCCAGAGGCCAAUUUGCUUCCAAAUGUGAGAGGCUUGGGAGGUCCUUUUGGUUGCUUAAACAAUGCACGUUUUGGAAUCGCGUUCGGUACAUUAGGUGCAGCAGAGUCGUGCUUCCACCUUGCACGACAGUACGCUUUGGACAGGUCUCAAUUUGGGCGUCCACUUGCUCAAACUCAGCUGAUACAGCUCAAGUUUGCUGACAUGUUGACAGAAAUCACCCUCGGACUACAAGGUUGCCUAAGAGUGGCUCGAUUAAAGGACGAAGGAAAAGCGACACCAGAAAUGAUUUCUUUAAUCAAACGGAAUUCAUGCGGGAAAUCUUUGGACAUUGCACGGAAAGCUCGGGAUAUUCUGGGUGGUAAUGGUAUUGUUGACGAGUAUCAUGUAAUGAGACACAUGCUUAACUUGGAGACCGUCAACACGUAUGAAGGCACUCACGACAUCCAUGCGCUAGUUCUUGGUCGAGCCAUCACAGGGCUGCAAGCCUUUCAAUAA